CUUAACCGGAAAACCCUAACCCUAGGGUGGUAAACUUUAGCAUCUGUAGAGAAAAGGAGGGACUGAUUUAGAUAUUCUUGAGCAAAGUACAGUGAGAGCGACACAGAGAUAUAAAAUUGAAAAAGAGAAGAAGCAAAAUUUGACCGUUUCUGAUCCAGUUCCUGCUGUUCUAGCUAACAACCCAAGCUCCACACCGGACUCGCAAACCUCAAGAUCCCGGUGCACCAUUUUCUCUUUUCCUUCCCUAACCCCAAAUUUAACGCGAAAAUCUUCAUUUUACAGAUUUCCAUUUCUUCGUUUAACCUUAAAAAUCUGAAAUUUACCCCAAAAAACUUCAAAUUGAUGAUCCAUUUCUUCCCCAUUUCCCGUCGGAAUUCAAAAGAAGUCGUCAUUACAUGUAUCCUGAUUUCUUCGCGAAAUAUCAAGUUUAGCUGAAAUUUUUGAACUUGAUCUGAUUUCAUACCGACGUAUGCUCCAUUAUCAAGUUGAUCGCCAACAAUGGGAACAAAAACGAGAGGCCGAUUAGACACUAGUGUUGGUAUUAUGGGAGCAGAGAAAAGAUGGCUUUUCACACUCUUCUCUGCAGCAUUUCUCUCUCUCUUGUUUCUCUUAUUCUACUCAAUUUCUGCUUUCAGCUCCACAAAACCCUUCCCUUCUGCAGUACAUUAUGGCACCCAUUACCCUCCCGCUUUCGCUUACUAUAUAUCGGGUGGUCGAGGUGAUGGUAAUCGAAUCUUCCGGCUAUUGCUGGCGGUCUAUCACCCAAGGAACCAUUAUUUGUUGCAUUUAAAUGCUGAUGCAUCUGAUAAGGAGAGAGUUAGGCUUCUCGGGGCAAUAAAUGCAGUGCCAGCAAUCAGGUCUUUCGCAAAUGUCGACGUUGUAGGGAAGCCUAAUCGGCUGUCGAAUUUGGGUUCCUCUUAUGCGGCGGCCACGUUGCGUGCUGCCGCCAUUUUGUUGAGGAUGCACUCAGGGUGGAACUGGUUUGUUGCAUUGAGUGCAUCGGAUUAUCCCUUGUUGACUCAGGAUGACUUGUCCCACGUAUUUUCCUCUUUUGGCAGAGACCUGAAUUUUAUAGAUCACACCAGUGAUCUGGGGUGGAAAGAAUCUCAGAGGUUCCAGCCUAUUGUUGUUGACCCUGCAAUUUACCUAGCAAGGAGGACGCAGAUUUUUAGGGCUACAGAGAAGCGGCCAACGCCUGAUGCUUUCAAAGUAUUCACAGGCUCCCCAUGGGUAAUCUUGAGCAGAUCGUUCCUUGAAUUUUGCAUUCUUGGUUGGGAUAACCUUCCAAGAACUGUUCUCAUGUACUUCAAUAAUGUGAUAUUACCUGAAGAGGGCUAUUUCCACUCUGUCAUUUGCAAUGCACCGGAGUUUAAGAACACUACUGUGAACAGCGAUCUAAGAUAUAUGGUCUGGGACAAUCCUCCAAAGAUGGAACCUCAGUUUUUGAAUGUUUCGGAUUAUGAUCAAAUGGUUCAAAGUGGAGCCGCUUUUGCAAGACAAUUCAAGAGGAAUGAUCCAGUACUAGAAAUGGUUGAUGAGAAAAUCCUAAAGCGUGGUCAUAACCAAGCUGCUCCAGGUGCCUGGUGCACUGGCCGGAGGAGCUGGUGGAUUGAUCCUUGCUCCCAGUGGGGUGAUGUCAAUGUUGUUAACCCUGGGCCUCAGGCGAAAAAAAUUGAAGAGAGUAUCAAAAACCUUCUGGAUCAGAUGAAUCAGUGCAAAUGAAAGUGCAUGAUAGAGGCCCAUUGUCUGCGGCAAGAUGCAAAAAUUUUUUGCAUCUGAAAUUUGAUGACGAGUUCAAAGGAUGACCAUUGCCAGAGAAAUGAUUAUUUUGGGUCGUUUAGGUCCACUUUUUGGGAGGGAGAGGAUAGAUGUUUCAGGAUUGGCAGAGUUGAAGGAACCGAAUUAGUUCUCUCGGGGGGUUUUAGAUUGUAUCUUGUGCCGCGGAUAGUUUCAGUCAAACGAGAGGAUCUACUUGUUUGUGCUGCCAUGGAAUUCUGUUGUAUGUUAAAAGUUGUGUUUCACUCAUUUAACUUUAUUAUUCAUUUAAUUCUAAUUUUGUGCUCAGAUGUGAUUGAAUAGAGAAACUCUCAAACAUUUUGCGAUGUCAGAUGUAUCAAUAUCAACGGUGACUUAUUAUUUCAA